ACUCCUUGUUCAACCUCCACAGGAACUGACGUCUAUGCCGUGCAAAGUGGACGGGAAAAAAAUGCAGCUGCGGGACAAAAAUGGCUUCGAUCACCGCUAAAAGGUGCAUGAGGCUUUGCUUUGGAAUCCUGAUGUAAAAAGCCGUCAAGCUCAUGGCACCUCCCAGUUGACACCAUGGCCCAGAUAUCGAAAGGUAAUGGGUUUAAGCUGGAUGUCCCCCAGCCAAAGGGGCUUGUGGGUAAAGAGGAAGCCCUUCGCAUGGAAGAAGAAGCUUUAGCAAAGCUCCAAAAGGACAAGAAGCACACUUUUUCCUCCUCUCCCACUCGGGGGUCCUCCCCCAAGCCAAACAAGCCCAAGUCCGCAACCGUUGCUUCCACUCCCGCAUGUUCUCAACGUUUGCCUGCCGCCAAGAGACCAGAAAAGGACCUCAUUGUGUUUCCUGAGACCAAGAAGCAGCCAGAGGCCAACAAGUUCAGGGACAUCGAUGUGGACAAGCUGACCAACGAGGAGCUGGAGAAGCUCCUCUUAGAUGAAAACUUUGGGGCCAACAGCAAAGUAUCGCGCCCGUCGUCCCUGCUGGGCUUCAACCUCAGCGCCUCCUACCCCGGUGGCCAUACGUGUAGCUCAUCUCCUUUCCAAGGUUCCCAGUGGACGCCCAUCCUGUCCACUCCGUCGAGUUCUGCUGUGUCCACGCCCACCCAUCAGCCGGCACCCUUGUUCCCUUCCGCCCCGUUCCCCAAGCCAGGGACGUUUCAGAAUGGCUUCACUCCAGCCCUGUCGCCCUUCAUGGCGCUGCCCGCCCAGCAGACGUCUUUCUUGGCCUUCACUCCCAUACAACCCGCCGCCACCGCCGCCCCCACCAUGGUGUUCCCUCCGCCGCCUGCCGUGGACCCCGAGAUGGCAAAACUCUUUGAUAAGAUUGCCAGCACCUCGGAAUACUUGAAGAACGGCAAGGCGACCUGCACUGACCUAGAUUCCGCUCCGGCGUGCUCUGCCUCCCUGGCACCCAACCCGGCGGCCCAGCAACAGGCGGCGGCGGAAUCCACGGGCAUCGGCCGCUUCGACUGGCUGGAUCUGGACCCGCUGACUAAGCGCAAACCCGACAACGAGGAAGCGGGCACCACGCCGGGGGACGAUCCCGAUGCGGCGCAGGGACUUUCUGCUGGGGAUCCCUGGGACGCAGUGCUGGAGACCGAAGGGAAAAGUAGUAGUAGCAGUCACCCGCUUGAAGGGAAGGCAUCCGGGUCAGCCCGAUCGCAACAGAGGAGGGCGUCGACUGGGGCCGCUGUUACGAGGAGCCACUCGCUCAACAUUCCAGGAACUUCCUCGCAACAUAAAGCAAACAGUCAGGACAAGGGCAAAGGAAAAGGUCUAGUGAAGAAUGAUGCCCUGGAACAAGAAGACGCUCAGAACCUGGAGGUGGUGGCCUUCUGCAAAGACGUGGCAAGCCUGCGCUCCACAUUCCCUCACGACGAUACGUCCACCAACCCCGGCUACUUCCGCAGUCCCGUAAUCGCCCAAAGGGACGCUGGGGGGGACACCAGCUGCUCCGUAAAGGUGUCCAUUGAGAUUUCGGACUCUCAGCAGCCGGUGACCUUUACCUGUGAUGUGAAUUCUCCGGUGGAGCUCCUGAUCAGUCAGACCCUCUGCUGGGUUCACGACGACCUGGACCAGGUGGACUUCUCCAGCUACCUCCUCAAAGUGUGCGGCCGGGAGGAAGUGCUGCAGAAUAAACACAGCCUGGGCAGCCAUGAGUACGUCCAGAACUGCAGGAAGUGGGAGAAUGAGAUCACAUUACAGCUUCUCUCUCAUUCCACCAUGAGACGGGACUUGGCUCGAACUGUGGAUGAUGACAACGCGUCCAUCAAUUUGGAGAAACACCUAAGCUAUGUGGAGCGACCAUUUAAGGAGACCGCCACAAGACAAGGUCUGACCGACUACCUGGAAGGUUAUCACAACCAAGUCAACAUCUGCCUACAAAAUGAGAGUACCCAGUACAAGACUGUGGACCGGGUGGUGCAGACGGUGAAGAACUUCUGCUGCGCUCUGGAUGAAGUGGAGACUCAGGCUAUCGCAGAGGCCAUCAAAAGACUGCGACACUCCGUCAACCUGCCCAGGACGCGUUCGCCGAUGAUGGGGUCCCCAUCAUCUGGGCAGACAGCAAAUGGGCACGCCAGCCCAGUGGACGAAAGCAUGGCGCUGCUCACCCAGGCCGUUUACGACUUGGCCAAGCUCUACCUGCGCUCCUUCUGCGCGCCUUCCACCUCCAUCAGCUCGCCCUCGCUCAAUGGCGAAACGGCAAAGGAGCGGCGGAGCAGCAAAGAAGCCUCCGGAACUACGGACCACCUCCAGUUCACCGUCUUUGCCCUGCACGGCAUCCCGGCUAACUGGGUCAGCAGUUACGAGAAAUACUUCCUGGUGUGUUUCCUCACCCACAACGGCAAGAACCUUUUCAAGCCGGUGCAAUCCAAGCGAGUUGGCACAUACAAGAGCUACUUCUACCACAUAAAAUGGGACGAGCUGAUAAAUUUCCCCAUCGCCGUGGCGGUGCUUCCACGGGAGUCCAUCCUGAGCCUGACUCUGUAUGGUGUGCUCAACCAGAAUGCUGGAGGCUCCCCAGACUCCAACAAACAGAGGAAGGCACCGGAGAUGCUGGGCAAAGUGUCAAUGCCGCUGUUUGACUUCAGACGGGUUCUCGCCAGGGGCACCCGGCUGUUGUGUUUGUGGGCGUCUGUGCAGGGAGCCCCCGCUGGCUCUGCGGGCAGCCGCAAAAAGAUGCCUAUAGAGAGAAUUGUGCUGCAGGUGGAUUUCCCCAACUCUGCGCUGGAUGUUUUGUAUGUGGGGCCUCAGGAACCUCCCAGGCCAGAGCCCAGCCCAAAGGAGGAGCUUGAUCCUGACCUCCGACGAAAACUGGAGAAAAUCUGCAGCCGAGCAUCCAAUUUUGGGCUAAGGCGGGCUGACCACCAGCUCCUCUGGGACCACCGGCUCCACUGCCGGAGGGAUCACCCCAGCAGCCUGCCCAAGGUGCUGGCCAGCACGCCCAGUUGGGACUGGGCCAGCAUGGCUCACAUCCACUCAUUGCUUCACCACUGGCCCCCGUUGCCGCCUGUCACUGCUCUGGAACUUCUCGACUCCAAGUUUGCUGACACCGAGGUGAGGCGCGUGGCUGUCAGCUGGGUUGAGAAGAGCACUGAUGACGAGCUGGCUGAUUACCUACCGCAGUUGGUGCAGGCUUUAAAGUUUGAGUGUCACCUCAAGAGCGCCCUCGUCAUGCUGCUGCUUUCCAGGGCACUCGGCAACAUCAACAUCGCACACUACCUCUACUGGCUGCUCAAGGACGCCGUGCAGGAUGCGGCGUGGGGGCGGCGUUACGAGCGCGUGCUUGGCGCCUUGCUGUGCUUGUGCGGGACCAAACUACGAGCCGAGCUGGAGAAACAAACGCAGCUGGUCACACUACUCGGCGCCGUGGCCGAGAGGGUGAGACAGGCCGGCGGGUCCACGCGGCAGGUGGCUCUUCUGGAGGGCCUUGAAACCGUUCAGACCUUUUUCCAGAGAAGUAGCUGCCGACUUCCUCUCUUUCCCAGUCUGGUGGCCAAGGAACUCAACAUCAAAGCCUGCUCCUUCUUCAACUCCAACGCUCUCCCGCUCAAGUUGGCACUGGUUAAUGCUGACCCACUAGGAGAGGAGAUCAAUGUUAUGUUCAAGGUCGGAGAAGAUCUGAGGCAGGACAUGUUGGCGCUGCAAAUGAUCCGCAUCAUGGACCGCAUCUGGCUGCAAGAAGGACUGGACCUUCGCAUUGUGAACUUCAAAUGCAUCUCCACGGGCAAGGACAAAGGGAUGGUGGAGCUGGUGCCAUCCUCCGACACCCUGAGAAAGAUCCAGGUGGAGUAUGGCGUCACCGGCUCCUUUAAGGAUAAACCCCUGGCCGAGUGGCUACGCAAGUACAACCCUGCCGAGGACGAGUAUGAGAAGGCCUCCGAGAACUUCAUCUACUCUUGUGCUGGCUGCUGCGUGGCCACCUACGUGCUGGGCAUCUGCGACCGGCACAAUGACAACAUCAUGCUGCGCUCCACGGGCCACAUGUUCCAUAUCGACUUCGGCAAGUUCCUCGGUCACGCCCAGAUGUUUGGCAGCUUCAAAAGGGACCGAGCACCCUUUGUGCUUACCUCUGACAUGGCUUACGUCAUUAAUGGCGGCGAGCGUCCCACCAGUCGCUUCCAGCUGUUUGUUGAUCUUUGCUGCCAGGCCUACAAUCUCAUUCGCAAGCACUCCGGUCUUUUCCUCAACCUGCUAUCACUGAUGACGUCAUCGGGGCUUCCAGAGCUGACCAGCUCGCAGGACCUGAAGUACGUUUAUGACGCACUGCAGCCGCACAACACUGACGCCGAGGCCACUAUCUUCUUCACCAGACUGAUCGAGUCCAGCCUCGGCAGCGUGGCCACCAAGUUCAAUUUCUUCAUCCACAACCUGGCCCAGCUCCGCUUCUCAGGUCUACCGGCCAACGACGAGCCCAUCCUAUCCUUCUCGCCCAAGACGUACACCUUAAAGCAGGAGGGCCGCAUUCUCCACGCCUCCAUCUUCUCUUUCCAGAAGCGAUACAACCCUGACAAGCACUAUACGUACGUGGUGAGGUUGCUCAGGGAAGGGCAGAACGAGCCCCAGUUUGUCUUCCGAACUUUUGACGAGUUUCAGGAGCUCCAUAACAAACUCAGUAUCCUCUUCCCCCUCUGGAAGCUGCCAAGUUUCCCAAGUAAAAUGGUGCUGGGCCGUACUCACAUCAAGGAGGUGGCCGCCAAGAGGAAGCUGGAGCUGAACAACUACAUCCACAACCUGAUGAGGAGCUCGGCCGAGGUCACACAGUGCGACCUGAUCUACACGUUCUUUCAUCCGGUGGCACGCGAUGACAAGACGGAAGGUUUGGACGCGACCCAAAGAGCUCCUGAGCCUCCAUUGAGUCCAACGUCGGGCCGUGUGGAAGGCGAGGUCAAGCUGUCCAUCUCAUACCGGAACAGCACACUCUUCAUCAUGGUCAUGCACAUCCGAGAUCUGGUAUCUGAAGAGGGGACGGAUCCCAACCCAUACGUGAAGACGUACCUGCUUCCGGAUCCGCACAAGACUUCCAAGCGGAAGACCAAGAUCUCGAGGAAAACCAGGAACCCGACCUUCAACGAGAUGCUGGUGUACAGCGGCUACAGCAAGGAGACAUUGGGCCUGCGCGAACUGCAACUCAGCGUGCUGAGUGCCGAGUCCCUCCGCGAGAACUACUUCCUGGGUGGCAUCACGCUGCGCCUCAAAGACUUUGACCUGGGCAAAGAGACGGUCAAGUGGUACAAGCUCACUGCCGUGCCCUACUUCUAAAAAAAAAAAAAAAAACCCCACCUGGUUUUUUUUCUGUGACAAAACAACCGCCGCUUCAUUUCUUGUCUCUCCUCCUUAACAAUGAGCUGUAAUGUUUUGUACAUUUUGAUAUUAGAGGACCAAAACUGCUCACCUUCACAAGAGUAAAUAUAAAUAGAGAGAAAUAGACACGUUUAUUUUUCAAGGACUAGAAGCAAGUUUGUUUGUUUUUUUUUUUUGUCGUUUUUUUUCGUUGUUUUUUUUUUUUUUUUAAAUAACAUUCUCCUUCCUAAGGGGGCCUCACAGUUUGCUGCUUUUACCACACACACUUUAGGAUAGUUUGACACAUCAGAUUGCACGGAAUAAACUACAGGAUUCUCUCUGGGGGGGAAAAAAAAAAAACUUUGCUGUUGUACCUGCAGACACUUUGGGGUCAUUUAACUCACGAGAUCCCAGGCAAUGAAUUCCAGGAUUGUUCCCAGAAAUGUCAAAUUUGCCGUUUUUAUCACAUUUGAGGUGGUUUGAGAGAAGAAUCCAGGUGUUACACUACAACCACCCUCCCCCCACACCCACACAAAUGUGCCAAAUUUAGCCGAGGAGAGCAGCAAAAUCCGACCACUUCAAGGUGCCUUAGCGACGGCUCACAAUCUCUUUUAAUGCGGCCUUACUGCUUUAUUUAUUUUCAAUAACCAUCUCACAAGAAACAUUUAGUCUGGGGAUGUCUUUUUUUUUUUUUAGGGGGGGUGGUUCUCGGGUAAAGGUGGGCUUCCACUAAUUGCACACAAGCUGGUAUUAAUGGCAAGAUAGCACACUUUUAGGGGCUGUUUGGGAUUUCACGUGCAGUGCCUACAUGUUCAUUUGGAAUGUUGCGGGUUUCUCUGAAUCAGCACUUUUGACCCACACAGAAAGCAAAAAAAGGGAACAAGAAAACUCACAAUAAAGAUAUGAAAGUUUUAAUCCCCAUGCAAGUGUGUUUACAUAUCAUGACGAUGAUGAUCAUUUAUGGAAAAAGUGACACUCACUCUAAUAAAUAUUAAUCCCACCUUGGUUAACUCCAUUCAUGUCUGUAUAAAGAGAACAUUUGUGUUAAUGUGGCCAGUUAUUUAUUCUUAAUUGGUGACAUGGAUCAGUGUGUAAUGCGCCUUUGCCCCAGCACAUUCAAUGUUUUGGGGAACAAAUGGGAGGAAAGUUGAGCCGUUUUGCCUGCAUAGGAAAAUGUCAGAUAAUAGUUAUUCUCCCUGACCCCCCCAAAAUGAUUUUUUUGUAAGUGUAUGUGAACACACUGUUGCUGAAAUAUUAAUCUGUUGGGUUUGCUAUCACAAUUUGUCUAUUUUUUUUAAUUCAUUAAAAUAAAAUGAGGGUUUGUAACUGCA